GUUCUGUGGCCGAGGCUUCCUAGAAGCUUAAACCUUUGUCCCAAUGACGUCAAGUUCGCCCGUUGGCUUGGAAGGUUCAGAUUUGUCUUCCAUCAACACCAUGAUGUCAGCAGUGAUGAGCGUAGGGAAGGUUGCCGAGAAUGGUGGGAGCCCCCAGAGCAUCAGGUCCCCCACGAAGCCUCCGGGACCAAAUCGGAUUGGCCGAAGGAACCAGGAAACAAAAGAGGAGAAGUCUUCCUAUAACUGUCCCCUGUGUGAGAAGAUUUGCACUACACAGCAUCAGUUAACUAUGCACAUUCGCCAGCACAACACAGACACUGGAGGGGCCGACCAUUCAUGCAGCAUUUGCGGGAAGUCGCUGAGCUCGGCCAGCUCCCUGGACCGCCACAUGCUGGUGCACUCUGGGGAGAGGCCUUACAAGUGCGCUGUGUGUGGCCAGUCUUUUACCACCAAUGGGAACAUGCACAGACAUAUGAAGAUUCAUGAGAAGGACCCCAGCAGCGCUACAGCUGCAGCCCCUCCGUCACCACUGAAGCGCAGGCGGCUGUCCUCCAAAAGGAAACUGAGUCACGAUACAGAGUCAGAGAAGGAAGACCCAGCGCCUGCUAAAAAGAUGGUAGAGGACAGGCAGUCGGGUGACAUGGAGAAGAAAGCUGAUGAAGUGUUUCACUGCCCACUGUGUUUCAAGGAGUUUGUGUGCAAGUACGGGCUGGAGACCCACAUGGAGACCCACUCAGAUAACCCGCUAAGAUGUGACAUUUGCUGCGUCACCUUCCGCACACACCGAGGACUGCUGCGCCACAACGCACUGGUCCACAAGCAGCUUCCCAGGGACGCAGUGGGAAGGCCCUUCAUCCAGAACAACCCCUCCAUCCCUGCCGGCUUCCACGAUUUAGGCUUCACCGACUUCUCCUGUAGGAAGUUUCCUCGCAUUUCUCAGGCCUGGUGUGAAACGAACCUGCGCAGGUGCAUCAGUGAGCAGCACCACUUCGUCUGUGACACGUGUGACAAGGCCUUCCCCAUGCUCUCCUCGCUCACCCUGCACAAGCAGACCCAUGUAACUGCCGACCAGGGACGGGAACAGCUGCAGGCCAGGGCCCUGCCUGGCGACGCCCCCGACCAGAAGGUCUUCCUGGCCAUGCUGGGCCUGCAGCACAUCGAAGACGCCAGGCCUGCACUGGCCGAGGAGCCGCUGCCGGAUGACAACCAAGCAAUACAGCUCCAGGCACUCAAGUGUCAGCUACCUCAGGACCCUGGCUGCACCAACUUGCUGAGUCUGUCUCCUUUCGAAGCUGCUUCCCUGGGCGGGUCUCUUACCGUCCUCCCGGCCACCAAGGAGAGCAUGAAGCAUCUGUCCCUGCAGCCCUUCCAGAAGGGCUUCAUCAUCCAGCCUGACAGCAGUAUUGUGGUCAAGCCCAUCUCUGGGGAGUCAGCCAUCGAGCUGGCAGACAUCCAGCAGAUCCUGAAGAUGGCAGCCUCGGCCCCCCCUCAGAUCAGUCUUCCGCCUCUGUCCAAGGCCCCCGCUGCCCCUCUACAGGCCAUUUUCAAACACAUGCCCCCUUUGAAGCCAAAGCCCCUGGUCACACCGCGGACGGUGGUGGCCACCUCCACGCCUCCACCCCUCGUCAAUGCGCAGCAGGCCUCCCCGGGCUGCAUCAGCCCCAGCCUGCCCCCGCCGCCGCUGAAGCUUCUCAGGGGCUCCGUGGAGGCGGCCUCCGACGCCCACCUGCUGCAGUCCCAGUCGGGGGUGCAGCCAAACACAGCCGCACAGCUCUUCCUGCAGCAGCCACGCCUCGAGCUGCCGGGCCAGGCCGAGAUGAAGACGCAGCUGGAGCAGGACAGCAUCAUCGAGGCCCUCCUACCGCUGAGCAUGGAGGCCAAGAUCAAGCAGGAGAUCACGGAGGGGGACCUCAAGGCCAUCAUGACGGCCCCCAGUGGCAAGAAGACGCCGGCCAUGCGCAAGGUGCUCUACCCCUGCCGCUUCUGCAACCAGGUGUUCGCCUUCUCGGGGGUGCUGCGCGCGCACGUGCGCUCCCACCUGGGCAUCUCGCCCUAUCAGUGCAACAUCUGCGACUACAUCGCCGCCGACAAGGCCGCGCUCAUCCGCCACCUGCGCACACAUAGCGGCGAGCGGCCCUACAUCUGCAAGAUCUGCCAUUACCCCUUCACGGUCAAGGCCAACUGCGAGCGGCACCUACGCAAGAAGCACCUCAAGGCCACACGCAAGGACAUCGAGAAGAACAUCGAGUACGUGACCAGCAGCGCGGCCGAGAUGGUGGACGCCUUCUGCUCCCCAGACACGGUGUGCCGGCUGUGCGGCGAGGACCUCAAGCACUACCGCGCCCUCCGCAUCCACAUGCGCGCGCACUGCGGCCGCGGCCUGGGCGGCUGCCCCAAGGCCCGCAAGCCCUUCGAGUGCAAGGAGUGCAGCGCCGCCUUCUCGGCCAAGCGCAACUGCAUCCACCACGUCCCCAAACAGCACCUGCACGUGCCCGAGCGUGACAUCGAGAGCUACGUUCUGGCGGCCGACGGCCUGGGCCCCGCCAACGCGCCCACCGAGGCCCCGGGCAGGGUGGAGGAGGGCGGUGCCGCCCUGGGUGAGCGCAAGCCCCUGGCCGCCUUCCUGGAGCCCCAGAACGGCUUUCGUCACGGGGCCCCCGCCCAGCCGCUGCCCCCCCACGUCGCGGUCAAAGUGGAGCCUGCCAGCAACUUCGCAGGGGACUUCAACGAGCCCCUGGACUUCUCCCAGAAGGGCCUGGCCCUGGUCCAAGUGAAGCAGGAGAACUCGGCCUCCUUCCUGAGCCCUUCCGCCUCGGCCCCGUACGACUGCUCCAUGGAGCCCAUCGAUCUGUCCAUCCCCAAGAACUUCAGGAGAGGAGACGAGGACGCGGCCACUCCCGAGGAAGCCAAGAAGCCUGAGCAGGAGCCCGCGAGCAAUGAGCAGGCCUCUCCCUGUCCACCAGCCUGCCCCACCCUGCCGGUGACCUUGGGCCCCAGCGGGGUCCUGGAAAAGCCCGUGGCCCCUGUAGCGGCGGCCUCUGCCGCCAGCACUCCGGAAGCCCCGGCUCCGCCCCUGCAGGGCUCCGUUCAACUCGCUGUGCCCAUCUACUCCUCAGCCCUGGUCAACAGCUCCCCGCUUUUGGGCAACUCCACCCUCAUAAGCAGCCCAGCCUUGCUGCGGCCGUUGCGCCCCAAGCCCCCCCUGCUUUUGCCAAAGCCCCCCGUGACAGAGGAGCUGCCCCCGCUGGCCUCCAUUGCCCAGAUCAUCUCAUCCGUGUCCUCGGCCCCCACCUUGCUGAAAACCAAGGUGGCUGACCCGGGGCCCGCGAGCGCUGGCGGUAACGCUGCAGCUGCAGAUGUUGUAGGGGGCGCCGUCUCCAAAGCCACCACCGAUGUCACCAGCAGGAAAGGAUCCAGUGACUCCCCCCCUGCUGCCACCAGCCCAGAGACAGCCUCGCCCACUGAGCAGGGACCAGCUGGCUUGUCAAAGAAGAGGGGCCGGAAAAAGGGGGCGAGGAGCCGGCUGCGCACCAGUGGCGGGGUGGACCUGGACUCCAGCGGGGAGUUCGCCAGCAUCGAGAAGAUGCUGGCUACGACGGACACCAACAAGUUCAGUCCGUUCCUGCAGAGCGCGGAGGACGACGCUCAGGACGAGGUGGCCGCAGACCACAGCGGGCCCAGCGAUGACGAGCAGGGCAGCCCCCCGGAGGACAGGCUGCUGAGAGCGAAGCGCAGCUCCUAUGCCAGCUGCCUGCAGAGGAUCAGCUGCCCCCACUGCCCCCGGGUCUUCCCCUGGGCCAGCUCCCUGCAGAGGCACAUGCUCACGCACACUGGUCAGAAACCCUUCCCUUGUCAAAAAUGCGGUGCCUUCUUUUCCACCAAAUCUAACUGUGAACGCCACCAGUUGCGCAAACACGGAGUUACCGCCUGUUCCCUGAGAAGAAACGGGCUUAUCCCCCAGUCAAAAGAGAGUGAUGUUGGAGCCCAUGAUAGCACAGACAGCCAGUCAGACGCUGAGGCAUCGGCGGGCGGCGAAGUGCUGGACCUCACCUCCCGGGAGAGGGAGCCACCGACACCGGAAGGAGCAGCCGAGCCCAGCCCGAUCCCGGACGAGUCGGCGGCGGCGGCGGCGGCGGCGGCGGAGGAGGAGGAGGAGGCGGAGCCGGCAGCAGCCACGCCCUUGGCUGGAGAGGAGAGGGGCGCCGAGGAGGACGCGGAGCCCGAGGAGGAGCGCGCGGAGGGGGAGUGGGAUGAGGACGCAGACAGCCCCGCGGAGGACACGGUCAGCAACAAGAGCCUAGACCUCAACCUCGCCAGCAAGCUGAUGGGCUUCAAGCUGGCCGAGGGCGAGGCCGGCGCGGGCGGCGGCGGGGACCCGGCUGCGCAGGACCACAGGCACGCCCGCCAUGCCUGCCACGUCUGCGGCAAAAGCUUCAAGUUCCUCGGGACCCUCAACCGCCACCGCAAGGCCCACGGCCGUGAGGAGCCCGGGGACAGGAGCGCGGCCCCCCAGGAGCCCGAAGCGCCACCACCCACUGCCCUCGAGCUGCCACAGAGGCCCGCCGAGCCCCCGGCCACCGAGCCCCCCGCCACCGAGCCCCCCGCCCAGGCGGAGGCCGUGACUGAAGCCCCCGCGGAGAAGCAGAGCGAGGAGGCCGAGGGCCCCUCAGAUGGGGAUGGGGAGGGCCUGGCCGAGAAGAAGCCCUCGGAGAAGAGUGAGGACGACAAGAAGCCAAAGACAGACUCCCCCAGGAGUGUGGCCAGCAAGGCGGACAAGAGGAAGAAGGUGUGCAGUGUGUGCAGCAAGAGGUUCUGGUCCUUGCAGGACCUGACCCGGCACAUGAGGUCACACACAGGAGAGAGGCCAUACAAAUGCCAGACCUGCGAGCGAACCUUCACCUUGAAGCACAGCCUGGUUCGCCACCAGCGGGUCCACCAGAAAGCCCGCCACCCCAAGCAGCACGGGAAGGACAGCGACAAGGAGGAACGAGGCGAGGAGGACAGCGAGAGCGAGUCCACCCACAGCGGCACCAACCCCGUGUCGGAGAGCGAGGCGGACUCGGCCCUGCUCGCCAGCAACCACGUGGCCGUCACCCGCAGCCGGAAGGAGAGCCUGGCCCCCAAGGGUGCCAGCCGCAGGGAGGAGAGGGCGACGGGCCGGACGGCGGGAGCCGGCCAGGCUGAGGCCAGCAGGAGUGCUCCCAGGGCCGCUGCCACGGGCAGCCCCAAGGAGCAGGCGUCCCCGGGUGACCCUGAGCGGGAGAGCCCGGUGGCCCUCGUGCAGGACCUGCUGGAGCUGCCCGGCAGGAGGCCCGGCCCCCCCCUCCUGGCCGCUGCCGACAGCGCCUCGCUCCUGGGCCUGGAAUGA